AUGAGGACCUCCAUCAUCUCCCUCCUGCUGGCGCUCUUCGUCGCCCUCGUCGCAGCUCAAACUCCCACCGCGACAGACACCACAGAAGCAACCACCUCCGUCGCAGCAGAACAACCCUCCGGAACGCCAGAGGCUUCAGGAACACCAACGACCCCAACGUCCACCGCCGCAAACUCCGGAGGCAACGCCGGCGGCGGCGGCGGCAGCGGCAGCGGCACGACCACCGCCGCAGGAAGCAGCACCACAACCCCGCCAGCAGACGUCUACCUCAAAGUCCCCGAGCUAUCCGUCGGCCGCAUCGAGCUUGACGUCGACAACCUCUCCGCCGAAGUGAACCUCGCCGCCGAGGUCGCCAAGCUCGUCACCAUCAACGCGGGCGUACAAGUCGGCAUCGAGAAGGUCAACAUCACCAUCGUCGACGUCGAAGCCGAGCUCGAGCUCGUCAUCCGCCUCGGCAACCUCGUCGACAUUGUCAACCGCACGCUCGCCUCGCUGGAUCUGAACCCUCUACUCAUCAACCUCCUCGACACCGUCGGCGAUGUCGUCGACGACGUCAUUGGUGCUGUGGACGGCCUUCUGGGUUCCAUCGUCAACGGCGACUCCAAGAUUAACUUCUUGAUUGACAACCUGGGAAAUAUUGUGCAAGAGGUCACCAACGCGGGUGCCUCCGCCCUGAGCUCCAUCAUCGGCAACUACCAGCAGAACAUGACCUUUACGGGCUCCCAGCAGGAUCUCGGUAACGGGCUGACGCAAAAGACAUACUCGUACGAGCCGCUUAGUUCGUUGGUGAAUAUCGUCUUCAAUACGCUUGGUCAGGUUGUGAGGGCGACUGUGGUUAAAGGUGGCGCGUCGGGAAGCGGGAGCUCGUCGGCGAGUGGAACAACGGUCGCGGCGACGACGGCUGCUGCUACGACUACGGCUCCGGCGACGACAACGGCUGCUGCUAGCACCUAA